AGAAAAUUCUAGAAGGCAAGUCUUUGGCUUGCGCUCUGCUUUUUCUUAUCUUUUACAUCCCCUCCUAUUAUAUAAAAUUUAAAAUUAGGCACAAAUUUUUUUUUAUCCUUCUGAAUCUCUCCGAUUUGGGUCAAUCAAAUCGUUCCCUUUUGGUGGCUCCCAAUCCCAAUUCAGGUUUCUAUUUUGUGAUUACGUGUUGCGAUGGCGUCGAAACGAAUCUUGAAGGAGCUCAAGGAUUUGCAGAAGGACCCGCCUACCUCUUGCAGUGCUGGUCCCGUGGCGGAGGACAUGUUCCAUUGGCAAGCAACAAUUAUGGGACCUGCUGAUAGCCCAUAUGCAGGUGGUGUUUUUCUAGUUUCAAUUCACUUCCCUCCGGAUUAUCCAUUCAAGCCUCCAAAGGUUGCAUUCAGGACCAAGGUAUUCCAUCCAAACAUCAAUAGCAAUGGAAGCAUAUGUCUUGAUAUUCUUAAGGAACAAUGGAGCCCAGCACUAACCAUUUCCAAGGUGCUGUUAUCCAUUUGCUCUCUGUUGACAGACCCCAACCCUGAUGAUCCGCUUGUCCCCGAAAUUGCACACAUGUACAAGACCGACAGGGCAAAGUAUGAAGCCACUGCUCGCAGCUGGACACAAAAGUAUGCCAUGGGCUGACAACUAAGAACAUUCUGAGCAUUUGUAAAACGUUGCAAAUGCAUGAUUCCAUCUCCGUUAAGUUGAACAUUGAAACAUUGGAAAUUUAUUUGUCUUAAUUGAUCAAGGAACUUGGUUCUCAAUCUGUGAAUAUUCAUUUGAAGGCAUUUGGGGAUGGGAAAAAAAAAACUGUAUUGUAUCUUUGCCGUGUUAGUUUAUCAAGUGAAUGGUUUGUUUGA